GCGCGGCCCGGUAUGGCAGGAGGUGACGGCGCCCCCUGCCGGGCGGGCGGGGCGCUGCGGGAGAGCCGGUGUCCCCUGCCGGUACUGCUGCUGGUGGUGCUGCUGGUGGCGGCGGCGGCGGCCGAGGAGAUCAACGCCGAGGCAUGGCUGCGGCUCUACGGCUACCUGCCGCAGCCCAGCCGGCAGAUGUCCACCAUGCGCUCGGCGCAGACCUUCGCCGCCGCCCUCGCCGAGAUGCAGAAGUUCUACGGCAUCCCUGUCACCGGCGUCCUGGACGAGGAGACCAAGGCGUGGAUGAAGCGGCCCCGCUGCGGGGUCCCGGACCAGUUUGGGGCGCGGAUGAAGUCCAACAUGCGUCGGAAGCGGUACGCGCUGACGGGGCGGCGCUGGAGCCAGAGCCAGCUCACCUUCAGCAUCCAGAACUACACGGAGAAGCUGGGCCGGUACCAGUCGGCCGAGGCGGUCCGGCAGGCGUUCCGGGUGUGGGAGGCGGCCACGCCGCUGGCCUUCCGCGAGGUGCCCUACGAGGACAUCCGGCAGCAGCGGAGGAAGGAGGCCGACAUCAUGGUGCUCUUCGCCUCCGGCUUCCACGGGGACAGCUCCCCCUUCGACGGCGCCGGCGGCUUCUUGGCUCACGCCUACUUCCCCGGCCCCGGCAUGGGCGGCGACGCUCACUUCGACUCCGACGAGCCCUGGACGCUGGAGAACGCCGACGUGUCCGGCAACAACCUGUUCCUGGUGGCCGUGCACGAGCUGGGGCACUCGCUGGGCCUGGAGCACUCCAGCAACCCCAGCGCCAUCAUGGCUCCCUUCUACCAGUGGAUGGACACGGAGAACUUCCAGCUGCCUGAGGACGACCUGAAGGGCAUCCAGCAGCUGUAUGGUACCGUGGAUGGGCAUCCUCAGCCCACCAAGCCUUUGCCCACUGUGACACCCCGAAGACCUGGCAGGCCAGAUCAGAGACCCCCUAAAGCACCCCCCCGGGGGAAACCAGAGCGACCCCCGAAACCUGGCGGCCCGGACCGGCCCGACCAGUACGGCCCCGACAUCUGCGACGGCGACUUCGACACCGUGGCCGUGCUGCGUGGGGAGAUGUUUGUCUUCAAGGGCCAGUGGUUCUGGAGGGUCCGGCACAACCGGGUGCUGGACAACUACCCCAUGCCCAUUGGGCACUUCUGGAGGGGCCUGCCUGGGGACAUCGAUGCUGCCUACGAGAGGCACGACGGGAGGUUCGUCUUCUUCAAAGGGGACCGCUACUGGCUCUUCCGGGAGGCCAACCUGGAGCCUGGGUACCCGCAGCCGCUGGUCACCUACGGGCAGGGCAUCCCCUACGACGGCAUCGACACGGCCGUCUGGUGGGAGCCCACGGGGCACACCUUCUUCUUCCGUGGGGACAGAUACUGGCGCUUCAACGAGGACACCCGCUCGGUGGACCCCGGGUACCCGAAGCCUAUCUCUGUCUGGGCAGGCAUCCCUCCCUCACCCAAGGGCGCUUUCCUCAGUCCAGAUGCCUCCUCCACCUUCUUCUACCGCGGCACCAAGUACUGGAAGUUCGACAACGAGCGGCUGAAGACGGAGCCAGGCUACCCCAAAUCCAUCCUGCGGGACUUCAUGGGCUGCCACUCCGAGCUGGCCCCGGACCCCCACCCCCGCUGGCCCGACGCCGACCGACCUCCCUUCAACCCCGACGGCGACGGGCGGGCCGGGGGCGAGGAGGAGGAGGAGGAGGAGCAAGAAGAGGAGGAGGAGGAGGCGGAGCAAGAGGAGGAGGAGGAUUACGGGGAGGCAGGGCGGCGCCCCGGGGGCGGGGACGUGGACGUGGUGGUGCAGAUCGACGAGUACACGAGGACCAUGAGCGUGGUGAUGGUGCUGGUGCUGCUGGUGCUGCUGCUCUGCAUCCUGGGCCUCAUCUACGUCAUCGUCCAGAUGCAGAGGAAGGGAGCCCCCCGGAUGCUGCUCUACUGCAAGCGCUCCUUGCAGGAGUGGGUCUGACCCCCGGGGCGCCCCC